AUGAGUCAACGACAGAACAGCCAAGUUCGAAACCCUCCGUCGUCGUCACAGGACAGCCGAGAGGAUGAAGAAACCUAUUCAACCAAGGCCACAAGAGGUUCAUCAGAUGCAGGUUCAGACGAUUUAGAAUCGUCGCGCACUCGUUCGCGGUCCUCCGACCGUAGACCUCGACGAUCAGUGACGAGGAGGCUCUUGCAACACAUACAGACCUCUGAGGUGAGCGAUCCCGACACGGCAGGUAUGGCUCACGGAAUAUCGUCACUCGGCAACGAGCCCCUCAUGGGUUUAUCGCCGCUUUCCCCUCUGCCUCCCGCGAUGUUACCAACCAAAAAGCGGUCCCUAGACGAAGUAUUAGGCGAUCAAAGCCCUCCGGAGAAAGACAAGAUGUCUGCGGAAAUUGACGAGCUUGCGGGAGGACCGACAUCCGACUUAUCUGGUAGCUCUUCUGGGCCCCGGAACGCCGUGGCCACUGGGUCCCAUCAACGGAAGAAAAGCAAGUCCAAUGGAGAAUCAUCAAGUGCUCGAGCCCUUCCCGUUAUGACGAGGGGGUCGGCAACAGACUCCGAGCAACAUGGAAACAGACGAGAACAAAGACGCUCAGAACGUAUCCGCAACGCGUCUCAUCAAGAUAAGCCAUCGCACUCACGCUGA